GGGGCACAUGACUCCUGGGCUCCCCCGCUGGGGGGGGUGGCAGAGAGGGGCUAACACACUCAAUCCCCCUGCCCCAGAACCCACCUAUGAUGACAGCGUGGAGAGCAGCUGGACCGGAACCAGCCCUAGAGACUCACCACCCCCCAUCCAAGUGGAGACCACCCACAUCGUCCCAGAUCCCUACCAGGUGCUAGGACCCACCAGCAGCCGUUUGGCCAAUCCAGGCAGCGGGCAGAUCCAGUGAUGGCAGUUCCUGCUGGAGCUGCUGUCAGACAGCGCCAACGUGGGCUGCAUCGCCUGGGAGGGGGCGGACGGCGAGUUCAAGAUGACCGACCCAGACGAGGUGGCACGACGCUGGG